AUGGGGGCUGACACAGUUCUCACUCCCAGAGCCAUGCUGCAAAGCAGCUCUUACCAGAUCAACCCUACGUGGCCAACCCAGGGAGAUGAAAAAACCCUGCGGUAUUAUGCUGCUUCCAUUGUCCUCGUUGGUCCUGGAUGCGACCUUCACACGGGCUCCAAUCCUGCUCGUUGGUCCUGGGGAUAUGACCUUCACACGGUGCUGGUCAAUGAUCCCAAGCCUCAAAAGCCUUGCAACUGCGAGAGUAAAAUCUUGGGGCUUAACAAUCAAUCCCCCACUGCUUAUGUAAUUGGGAUACGACCUUCACGAGAGCUUCCAUUGUCCUCGUUGGUCCUGGAUGCGACCUUCACACGGGCUCCAAUCCUGCUCGUUGGUCCUGGGGAUAUGACCUUCACACGGGCUUCAAUCUUCCCUGGGGGUCCUGGUCUGGAGCGUCUUUCUCUGACUUCCCCCGCCGGGCUGGCUUUGCCGCUCUGGCCGCCGGUCAGCCAAAUCCAGACAACCCUCCCGGGUUUCGGCACCACUUGUUGCCUUUCGAGGCGUGGCGACCUGGUUCAGGAACGACACGGCAACCAACUCCGGGCCGCUCGGGCCAUCAGCUCACUGACACCAAUGUGGUGGAUGGCAAAUGGCGUUCAUUGGUGCGUAACACGGCGCUAUAUAACCCGAAUUUACGACGCCACUUCCGUCUGCUUACAUCAGAAGCUAAAUGCUAUUGGCUAUCGGGAGAGGGUCCCUAUCUUUUCGUACAGCGCCAUAUCUUCCAGCCGCCAGACCCUUACUACCAACACAGAAUAUAAUCAGCACCCUUCUAUGUCUACUUUUCGCACUUUAAUAUGCUUCCUAAGUCACACUGCAGACACAGUUCCUGUAAGUCAACCCUGUGAACAUGAAUCCGUUCUCCAGGAAUCGAUGGUCAAUGCUGUUUCAGUUAAUAAAACAGUUAGGAGAUCAAAGUCAUUUACCGAAUGUGCUCCCGUCAGAAAGGUCAGACUGGAGGUGACCAGCAGUGGCAACGUACAAGACAACUCCCUGUGGCGAACCCACCUGGGAAUUCACCGCCUGGGGCAAGCUUCUUGUGAAGGAGUUACCAGGUGCAAGAAUGGACCAUGUGGUUACGACGAUGAGAGACUGAUUUCCAAGGGAAAGGGAACACUGCAACAUGAGGAGUCAGACGGAGUAAGCGAACUAUCUGCCCUCAGUCAACUUGGAAGUUCAAGCACGUUGAGCAGUUUCAGUGAAGAGAAUCGCAGCAACAUUUCCAGCACCUGCCAAAAGCCUCCUCUGAAAUCAGCCACUUCAUCAGUUUGGACACAUCAACAAAUUUCUUCUAAAAAAUGCACGCCGGCCUGCAAAAAAGUGAACUUUUACCCUUUCCCAAAUAAAAAAGGACCGGAAUUUCCGAAGCAGCAAGGAGCCUUGGACUGUAUGUCUCACGAUGAGGACGUUCUGUAA